GGCAAAGCUGAUUCUCUACCUGGGCCCAGGUGAGCUCCUCUCUGAAUCAGUCGGUUGCUCGGUGCCCAGGAUGGAAAGGGCCGGGACGGUAUCCGGAGGAGACCAAGCCGGGGCCGAGUUCCCGAUGCAGCCCUUGGAAAACCAGGUCCCGAGCCUGGAGCAACCGCAGGUCCCCGCCGAGGAGCGACGACAGGAGAGUCCUGAGAGCAGCCCGGCUACCGCCGUGCAGGAGGCGAUUGGCGGAAAGAAGCUGCCCUCGCCUCUCCCCGCGCGCCUGCGGCUGCUGCCACCCAACCUGGGCUACGGCGCCUUCCGCCGCCAGGCGUCCACCAGCCGGGAGCUGCCGUCCCCGGGCCCCGCCGCCGCCGAGCAGCCCCGGGAAGGCGAGGCUCCGGGGGCCGAGCUGGUGCCCUGGGCCGCACCGGGGGAGCCGGCGCCCGGAGCCUGGGCGCCCAUGGAACUGCAGGUGGACGUGCGCGUGAAACCCAUGGGCACGGCGGGCGGCAGCCAUGCUCCCUCGCCCACGCCCUCCACGCGCUUCAUCACCGUGCCGGUGCCUGAGUCCCCAGCCUUCUCCCGCCACGCCUCCCCCGCGUCCCCGCUCCUGCAGCGGACCGCGUCCAUGGGCAGCACGUGGGGCCGGGGCGCGCAGCUGGCCGCAGCCCCGGCGGAGCGCGGCCUGGAUGCUGAGGGCCAGGCCAGCCCCGCCGAGGGGGCCGCGGAGCCCGCAGGCUCCCCCACGUGCCGCUGCCGCUGCAAGGAGCAGGAGCAGGAGGACGCCGUGCUGCUGCACCGCGCCCAGGUGGACGGCGACAAGAAGCUGCACCGGGCGAUUAAGCUCAUAGGGCUGCCCAUGUACAUGAAGUCCCUGCGCUGGGCCCUGGCAGUCAUGGCCGUGCUCCUGGCGGUGUCCACGGUCGCCAUUGUGGCCCUGGCCUCUAGAGCAGGGGCCAGGUGCCGGCCAUGCCCCCAGGGCUGGCUGUGGUCCGGGGAGCAUUGCUACUACCUCUCUGCUGAAGCUCAGGCCUGGGAGGCCAGCCAGGCUUUCUGCUCUGCCCACCACGCUACCUUACCCCUGCUGAUCCACACACAGGACUUCCUGACCAGAUACCCAGUCACCAAGUACUCCUGGGUGGGAGCCCGGCGAGGCCCCCAGGGCUGGCACUGGAUCGACGGGGCCCCCCUGCCGCGCCAGCUACUCCCAGAGGAAGCUGAGGACAAGCCGCAUCUCGAGUGUGGGGGCCUGGAGGGAGGCAAGCUCGUGGCUUUGGACUGCGCCUCUUCAAGACCCUGGGCCUGCGCCAAGGGGACCAAGUGACUUGUGUCCCAACCCACCUGAGCCUGUUGGGGCAUGCAGCCCCCCUCAGGGGACCGAGUGAAGAGCUGGGGCAGCCUCUUU